AUGUCGGCAGGGUCCUCUCGGACUCGGCAAGCGGCAUCCGCCGCUGGUGGAGUGCGCCGCAUGCGUUGGACAAGAGAUAUGAACGCAAACGCAUUGCGGGCGUACUAUAGGGCGAAAGGGGAAGAAACUAAGGGGAUAGCGUAUCGGGCUCGGAUGCAUUGCUUUUUUGCUGAGCUGGAGCCGUCUAUUCUCGUCACGGAACAAAACCUGGCAGACCGAGUUCGGUACAUCAUGCGCACGAAAAUAUUUGAUGAUGCCGAGCUCGAACGACUACGGCGUGAGGCCAUUCCCUCAUCGAAUGAAUUGGUUACGGCUGGGGAUGCGGCUCCUCAGGCGACAGACCAGCUGCCACGCGUAGAAGAUGCCAUGGAUCUUCCAGUUGUGGUUGAUUCCGACGAUGAUGAAAUGGUCUCCCACGAACUAGAGCAAAUGAGGAGUAUACUGGAAGAGGCGAUUUUGGAAACGCGCACCAUGCCUCUCGAAAAUCGACCGCGACUUCCCCCGCAUACCCCUAAGCAAGCGAAAUCGGGCUGUCGUGAGGGCUCUUAA